CGACGACUGAAUCUUGUCUUCCUCGUCUGAUUAUCAGUGAUUCUUCCUUGUUCGUCCUCCGAUUUGGUAUAAGGUGAGUUCGAAAUCCUCUACUCUCUCUGUUUAAGUGUCGAUUUCGAUUUGGGAUUUAGGGUUUCAGUCUUUGGGUGUGGGGCUUUUACGAAUCGAUGUUAUUGCUCAAUUUAUCAUUUCCGGUUGUGUCUGUCUAGAUGUCGGAAACUGAAGACAACAACGAAGCUUUUUUGAGUGAGGAAGCUGAUGGUACUACAGAAUCUUCUGCGGGAAGGAGAAGAAGACCCACGACAGAGCGAUCAAGCAAUGAUGUUCCAAAGCCGAAGAAAGCAAAGAAAAAGCAAGCGCAUAGAGCUGAAGUUUGGCAGCAUUAUAUUGAAAAGGAAGAUCUUGUAGGUGUAGCUAGGUGUCGGUAUUGUUGCCAACAGAUUGGCUGUGAUACUAAGUUACAUGGGACAAGUUCCAUGAAGAGUCAUCUGCUAAGAUGCAAGUUUUUCAAGGCACAUCAAGAUCUUGGUACUCAGAAGGUGUUGGCUGGUGAUAUGAGGGGUGCAAUCACUACAGUUCCUUAUGAUAAAGCACUUUUUAGGAGGUCAGUGAAUGAGUUGCUUGUUUUGUGUGAGUUACCAUUUGCAUUUGUGGAGUCUGAAGGAUUUAGGAGAUUCUGUGCAAAUAUGCUUCCAUUGUACACGGUUCACUGUAGGAGGACAGCAACUGAAGACGUCUUUAAGAUCUACAUGGUGAUCACUGCUCAUUGGAUUGAUAGGGGCUGGGAUUUGCAGAAAAGGAUUAUCUGGUUCAAGCCUGUGACAGAUCAUAAAGGAGACACCAUUGCUGAUCAUCUUAGAGCAUGUCUAGAGGAAUGGGGAAUUAAAAAGGUAUUCACUAUCACAGUAGAUAAUGCUAAAGGGAAUGACAAAGCAAUUAGGUUGUUCACAGAUGCUUGUAGGUCGAUGGGGCCUAAUGCAUUAGUUAGAGACGGUUCAUUAAUCCAUAUGCGUUGCUGUGCACAUAUACUGAACUUGAUAGUCAGAGAUGGUCUAGCAAAGGUAAAUGAAAGCAUUGUAGCCAUUAGGAAUGAAAUUAGGUAUGUAAGAUCAUCAGGUGAUAGGUUGAAAUCAUUUAAGUUGAGGGUUGAGACAGGUAAGUGUGGUAGAGGAAGCUUGUCUUUAGACUGUGUGACAAGGUGGAACAGCACAUAUCUCAUGCUAACAAAUGCUUUGAAAUUUAGAGUUGCAUUUGAGAAGUUACUCGCAGAAGACAAGCUCUAUAAUGACUACUUCCAGGAAUCAGAAGAAGAGAAUGGAGAGAGUGGACCAGAGGGUGCAAAGAAGAGGGUUGGACCUCCUACUUCAAAAGGUUGGGAUGAUGUGCAAAGGUUAGUGAAGUUCUUAAAGAUCUUUUUCAACUGCACCUUGGCUUUUUCAGCCACUAAGACAGUUACUUCUACAAUCUGUUACCAUGAGAUAGUGCUAUUUGAAAGAAGUUUGACAAUCUGUUACAGAUUUUAGUGCUAAGCUGUGUGCGAUUGCUAAUGAAGCACAUGUGAUUGG